GACGCACCUGAGCCCUUUUUUCUACAGUAUAUAAUUUCACAGUCAAGAUUUCGAGAUUUAUCAUUUCUAAUUAUAAUAGUACCAUAUAAUAAAAUAAUCCCACCACCAUUCUUCUCAAUCUCUUUAUUACCAAUUUUCAACGCACCCCUUCGUCACAAACCCCCAAUCUUUCCUUUAUUAAAACUCCUCCAUUUCUGGACCUUUUCUCUAUUCUUCUUUCUUCUUAAAACUUAUACAAUUUUUCAUUCUUGAUCCAUAACAAAGAAUAUAUCAUAUCUAAUGAAGAUCCAGUGUGAUGUGUGUAACAAAAAUGAAGCCUCUUUUUUUUGUGUUGCUGAUGAAGCAGCCCUUUGUGAUACUUGUGACCAUCGUGUUCAUCAUGCCAAUAAACUUGCUAGCAAACACCAACGUUUCUCUCUUCUUCAACCUUCACCUAAACAAGUCCCAGUCUGCGAUAUCUGUCAGGAAAGGAGGGCUUUUUUAUUUUGUCAACAAGAUAGGGCAAUUUUAUGCAGAGAGUGUGAUGUUUCAAUACACAAAGCUAAUGAACAUACACAGAAGCAUAACAGAUUUCUUCUAACUGGUGUCAAGAUAUCAGCAAAUUCUGCACUUUACUCUUCAUCAGAAACUCCAUCUACCAAUUCUUUGACUACAAAAAAUCAAGAUUCAACAAAAAAGCCUAAGCCUUUGCCUAUUUCUGGUUCUGUUUCCUCUAGUACUGUUCAUCAAGAAAUGGCAGUGGCAGCUAAUAUUGGGGAAGAUAGUUUAACAAGUAGUAUAUCAGAGUAUUUAGAGAUGUUACCUGGAUGGCAUGUUGAAGAAUUUCUUAAUUCCUCUAAUAUUCCUACUAAUGGUUUUUGUAAGAUUGGUGAUAAUGAUGUGUUUCCAAUUUGGGAUACUGAAAUUGAGAGCAAUCUAAGUUCAUUCUCACCAGAAAGUAUAGGUAUUUGGGUCCCUCAAGCCCCUCCAGCUCCUACUCCUCAGCAAAAUCAGACACAAAUUUUUCCUCAAAAUAUAAACUUUGGGGGGCAAAUUGAAUUCAAGAAUUCAAAGGAUGUUACAAGUAACAAGUCUAGUAGAAAGUGGAGAGAUCUUGACAACUCUUUUGCUGUUCCACAGAUCAGCCCAUCAUCUUCCACUUCCUUCAAAAGAUCAAGAACUCUUUGGUAGUUAGAUCUAAUUAUCUUUUUCUUUAAUUUUGGGUAUUUUUGCCUUUUGUUGAUUUAGUUUGAGCAAAAAAAAAAAAAAAAUGAAAAGAAAAAAAAUUGAACACCACUUCUCUUUUGUUCUCAAUACAACUUGGUUUGUUGUGUUCUUGAAUUAUUGUGCUAGUGCAAAGGGCCUCUUUUGCGUUGUAAAUAUCUUUUAUGUUUUGUUGAAUCCCAUGAAGUGGAACCAUAAAAUAUGUAUCAACGUUGGAUUGGACCUA